CUGAUAGUAUUAGUUUAACGCUUGGAAAUCAAAGAUGUCAUGCGAAUAUCUGGCUGUUACAAUUUCAAUAAUUUUGUUUCGUCUUCCCUUAACGUAUUUGCAUCACUCCAGUGAUCCUCGUAUAGUUGGAGGUGUAGAGACUACCAUUGAACAUGUUCCGUAUUUAAUAAAUCUACGACGAAAUGAUCAAUUUUCCUGUGGCGGUUCUUUGAUCACCAACAAAUGUGUGCUAACAGCAGCCCAUUGUGUAAAUGGAGUACCAGCUUCCAGUUUAAGCAUUAAUGCGGGAACCUCAAAACUAACAGAUCCCGGUGAAACGCGUCAAGUAGAGCAAUCGUUUGUCUCGGCCUUGUAUUCCCCCACCAAUCUUGAUAUGGAUGUGGCUGUUCUAAAGUUAAAUGAACCCUUAAUAGGUCCCAAUAUUGCCACUAUACCACUCUGUUCUAAACGUCCUGCCAACAAUGCUUAUGUUCGUGUAUCAGGUUGGGGUGUAACAAGUGAAUCUAGUCGUAUACCACCGAAUCAAGUGCGUACAGUUAGAGUGCAAGUGAUAUCGAAGGAGAAUUGCCAACAAUCGUAUGCUGGUAAAGCAUUUAUAUCUAGUACAAUGUUUUGUGCCUCUGUACCGGGAGAACGUGAUUCGUGUUCUGGUGAUUCGGGUGGACCUGUGGUAUAUAAUGGUCAAGUUUGUGGUAUAGUUUCAUGGGGAUUUGGUUGUGCCAGACGUGAAUUUCCGGGAGUCUAUACAAAUGUCGCCAGUUCAAGAAUAAUGUCAUUUGUUAGAUCAAUUGUUAUGCAAAGUUGUAUGUAA